CAUCGCCACCAACCAUUUUCCGGUUCCGGUAGCUCUAGGCCUUUCUUUCCUUUCCAACAGUCCGUCGAUAUGGAGGACGAAAAUCAGCAAGAGUUGGCCAAGAAGAAGCGUACUUUCCGCAAGUACACCUACCGCGGUGUCGACCUGGAUCAACUGCUUGACAUGUCCAGCACACAGCUGAUGGAGCUGAUGCACUGCCGGGCCCGCCGGCGCUACGCCCGCGGUCUCAAGCGCAAGCCGCUGGCGCUCAUCAAGAAGCUCCGGCGUGCCAAGAAGGAGUGCGGACCCCUGGAGAAGCCGGAGGUGGUGAAGACGCACCUCCGCGACAUGCUGGUGGUCCCCGAAAUGGUCGGCUCCAUUGUGGGGGUCUACAACGGCAAGACCUUCAACCAGGUCGAAAUCAAGCCAGAGAUGAUCGGCCACUACCUGGGCGAGUUCAGCAUCACCUACAAGCCUGUGAAGCACGGAAGGCCGGGUAUCGGUGCCACACACUCAUCUCGGUUCAUCCCCCUGAAGUAGAGUAAUAAAACGGCUGAAAUGGUCUCA